UUUCCGCCACUUUCAUGUCGUCUGUUUCUUUCCUUCGCCGUUUAGUUGUGCUGUCAAGUUCGAACCACCACUUCAGAAUAUGCCAUCAAACUUUGACUGUGAACUUGUGCCUGAGUGUUCCAUGAAUCAAAUCAGCCUGAACAUCUUUAUGCGAGGGCGGUGAAACACUUGUGCAUAACAUCACAACAUCAAUCUGCCGGCCAGGGAAGCAGAAAACCAAGGUUGAAAAAAAAACACACCAGAGUCAAACUUGGCCUCGGAAUCAGGAAAGACAUUCGCCACCUAUGCCAACUCCUCCAUGGAAGUCAACAUAUGUCGACCAGAAAACACCUGGGGACAUAAUGCAUGAUCACGAAGUGCCAAACAAAGCACAGCUCAUGGAAAUGCAACGUCCUGCAAACAAGCAAUCCCACAUCUGCUGCUUCUGCUUCAAGUCGUUUGCCAAUAACAGCAAUCUUCAACGCCACGUUCGUACUCGGUGCAAGUAUCGCUGUGCUGAAGUUUUACCCAAUGGCACAGGUGUCGUCAAGCACAAUUAUCCAGUGCAAGAUGUUAGUUGUAAAAUGCUCAUUUGUGACCGGUGUUCCAAAGGCUUCUCCAGAAAGGCAGAUUUCGAUCGACACAAUGACCUAGAACACAGAGACGGGCAGACCAGCCACAGCUGCUACUUGUGCCCUGAAGCCUUUGACGAUGUGUUGUCUCUACGGACCCACCUCAAUGCCCACAUGUCAGACUCAAACAAGCUACGUGCCGAUAACCUGAAGCGUGAGAGCGACGAACAGCAGGAUGACUGUUUGCCAGAACCGCAGUACAGCUGCAACAUCUGCAGCGUAAUGUUUGCCGACGAAUACGCCCUCGCCGAGCAUGUACUGAUCGCACAUUCCCUCGAGCUGCUGUGCAUGGAUAAGAAGCCACUGUUCAGUAAGCAUUGUGCAGAUGAAUGCGAGGUGAUGGACGACUUUGACAAUUCAGUCCUUGAGUUGACGGCCAUGCCGUCGCAUGAUUGCAACCUUUGUGCCGAGACCUUCAAGGAUGCAUCCGGCCUUGCAGAGCACAUCGAAAACAACCAUUCAAGGGCGAGUUCUUCUCUGGACAAACAACAGGAGGAUAAUGCAAAUCAUCAUGAGGGGACAUCUGUGACGAUGGCGACUCGCCAGGUAAAGGAGCCCAUAACUCCCAUUCACCACGCAUGCCACCUCUGCCCCGAAGGGUUUGCCAAGGGCACCACUCUGCAACAGCAUGUUCACACAGUCCAUGGUGCUGUCACGAAACAUUUGGACACAAAAUUUCCUGGUUCGAGCAAGCAGAGCAACCUCAAAGAAGCCCAUUACUGCGAGGCCAUAACUCCCAUUCACCACGCAUGCCACUUCUGCCCCGAAGGGUUCGCCAAAGGCACCACUCUGCAACAGCAUGUUCACACAGUCCAUGGUGCUGUCACGAAACAUUUGGACACAAAAUUUCCUGGUUCGAGCAAGCAGAGCAACUUCAAAGAAGCCCAUUACUGCGAGGCCAUAACUCCCAUUCACCACGCAUGCCACCUCUGCCCCGAAGGGUUUGCCAAAGGCACCACACUGCAACAACAUGUUCGCACAGUCCAUGGUGCUGUCACGGAACAUUUGGACACAAAAUUCCCUGGUUCGAGCAAGCAAAGCAACUUCAAAGAAGCCCAUUUCUGCGAGGCCAUAACUCCCAUCACUACGCAUGCCACCUCUGCCCCGAAGGGUUUGCCGAAGGCACCACACUGCAACAACAUGUUCGCACAGUCCAUGGUGCUGUCACGAAACAUUUGGACACAAAAUUUCUGGUUCGAGCAAGCAGAGCAACUUCAAGAAGCCCAUUUCUGCGAGGCCAUAACUCCCAUUCACCACGCAUGCCACCUCUGCCCCGAAGGGUUUGCCGAAGGUACCACACUGCAACAACAUGUUCGCACAGUCCAUGGUGCUGUCAGGAAACAUUUGGACACAAAAUUUCUGGUUCGAGCAAGCAGAGCAACUUCAAGAAGCCCAUUACUGCGAGGCCAUAACUCCCAUUCACCACGCAUGCCACCUCUGCCCCGAAGGGUUUGCCGAAGGUACCACACUGCAACAACAUGUUCGCACAGUCCAUGGUGCUGUCACGGAACAUUUGGACACAAAAUUUCUUGCUUCGAGCAAGCAGAGCAACUUCAAGAAGCCCAUUUCUGCGAGGCCAUAACUCCCAUUCACUACGCAUGCCACUUCUGCCCCGAAGGGUUUGCCAAAGGCACCACACUGCAACAACAUGUUCGCACAGUCCAUGGUGCUGUCACGGAACAUUUGGACACAAAAUUCCCUGGUUCGAGCAAGCAAAGCAACUUCAAGAAAACCCAUAUCUGCGAUCAAUGUUCCAAGAGUUUUCGCUUCAAGAAGAACCUCACACAACACCAGGUGACACAUACGUUGUCGAGGCCUUUUGCAUGUCACCUCUGUCCAGGGACAUUCACCCAGAAGAGCAGCUUGAAGCUACACAUUCAGCGGCACUCCGGCCUCAAGCGCUUCUCGUGCCCACACUGCUCCAAGGGCUUCCUCAUCAAGGCUGAACUGCACAUUCACAUGCGCACGCACACGGGUGAGCGGCCUUACGUCUGCGAAGUGUGCUCGGCUGCGUUCUCUGCGCGAGACAACCUGCGGAAGCAUGAGGCCACUCACACAGGCUUGAGACCUUUUUGCAUGUCCGCAGUGUCCCAGGUCUUUUACCAGGUGCCAGACUCUAAAACGCCACUUACGGAGGCACACGGGGGAGAGGCCCUUUGCGUGCACGUUGUGCCCGAGGAAGUUCACACGCCGGAAUCUGCUUCGUGAGCACACUGAAGCAGUCCAUCAAGUUAGAACUCCUGCCACUUAAUUGUUAUGUUAUACCUGAAGUCAACUGACUGAAUGGAACUUGUCUAUGAGACAUUCAAUGGGUUACUAAGCAGCUGGUGAAAUAAUGUCUUACAAAAAGCAAAUUUACACAAGUUGUAAACUUAUUAUCGGUCGUGUAUAUGUGCAUCAUGCAUAUUUAUUGUGAUGAUGGUCCUUGCAUUGUGACAACCUUGCUCCCCAUGCCAAAUUCGUUUCAGAAGUGUACAGCCUACGCCCCAAACCCUUCCACUUGUUUCAAUAAGAUUUGGUUUUUCAACAAUGAUGAACCAUAGUACAAGCUAGCAAAAGAACAAUAGCUCCUGGCCACCCUCUUCUUACAAUUGUGCUGUUCUGCAGCCCCCAUCACCAUUUCAUGUCCGUUUUUCUUUCCUUCUUUCAGUGUUGGAAAAUUGUGCAUCAGUGCUAGCCCAGUUUUCUAUACCGUGCUGUUGUGCAUUUCGUGUGUAAGUGUGUGUUUGUUUGUGUGUUUUAACAAGACAGUGCAAUGUAAGAUGGCUAGAAGCUAAGGCCAUGGCAUCUGUUUAUUGGCAUAACCUCGUUUAACGAGUUGAGACGUCAACUUGCAAGGGUUGUCUUGAACUCUCAAGUCUGCUGUCACUAAAAGAAAAUAAACGUGGCUUUGGCUUGACUUUAAAUGCAUGAGUGGCAUUGUGUCAUAGGCUCGCAGCAUGCUCUCACACUUUCACCAGAAGCUUUCUAAAAUUGAAAUCAUUUGGAAACUCCAGCACUUCUGAAAAGCAGAGACUACAUGUUUGUGCUUGGUGGACAAGGCAAGAGCAAUGUGCCAGCGAUUAUAUGAUGCUAGAUGUGUAAAGAUUUUUAUGAGCCUAAUCUCAUAAAAUUAAGCAAGUUACAAGCAGUUAACUAAUGAACAAAACAAA